AUGGCAUAUAACGCAUUCAAAGGUCAAAUUAUGAAGCACCAUCCUCACCCACUUCAUCAUCAUUUUCCAGUCAGCAGCAACAACAAAAAUAGUAAUAAGCACAUCAACAACAAUAACAUCAACAACAAUAAUGACAUUAACAAUAACAAUAAUAACCUUAACGUAAAUCACAAUGAGGCUAAAUACAGUAAUGACGUCAUCAAGGACCGCAAACUUGAUGACAUCGAGAAGGCAAGCAACGACAACGAAAGCAGCAGCAACAGCAGCAACAACCACAACAGCAACAACAACAACCACAGCAGCAACAACAACAACCACAACAGCAACAAUCACAGCAGCAGAAACACAGAUAAUACAAAUUUCGUAGACAACAACUCACUGCGCGGUAAGAAUCAUUCUGUCGGAAGUGAUUUAAAUAAUAAGAAUAAUAAUAAUAUAAAUAAUAAUAAUAAUAACAAUAAUAUGAAUAAUAACAAAAGUGACGAUAAGGUUGUUGAGGUAAGAAGUAAAACUAUUGACACCGAGGAAAACCACCUGAAAAAUUAUGGCGAUGAUGACUUUAAUAACAAAUAUAACAAUAAUAAUAAAAGUAAUAAUAAUGAUAAUAAUAAUAAUAACAAUAAUAAUAACAAUAAUAAACGUUAUAAAGAAAAGAAUAAUAAAAAUAAAAACGCGAGGAUGAUAGCCAAAGAUGAUAACGACGAUGAAUGUGAUGUCAAAUUACACGACGACGAUGAUGAUAGUGAUGUUAAUGAUGAUGAUAAUAGUGACGUAAAUCAUGAUAAUAGUGACGUAAAUCAUGAUAAUAGUGUCGUUAACGAUGAUGAUGAUAAUAGUGACGAUGACGACGACGAUGAUGAUGAUGACGAUGGUAAAAGCGACGGUACGGAGAAAUAUGGACAAAUUCUCAACAACAACAUCACUUCUGAUAAGGAUGAUUGUGAUGAUAAUGAUGAUGAUGAUAAUAAUAAUAAUAAUAAUAAUAAUAACGACUAUGAUUAUGAUGUUGCCAAAGACAAAGGCGAAAUCAAUAUCUCCCCUACAGCCAUGGCCAACACAGUUAGCAUCAAUACAACAAACCACACUAACUCUACUAACAACAAGAAUGUAACCACCAAUGCAAAUACUCUUACGAAAGCAAAGCCUAACUCUACGACCACAACAACUAACGACGACUCCGAAGACUACUAUGACGUCAGAGACGGCGAUGACGUCAGAGAUUACGACAGUCGUAAUGACGACCGUGUAAAAAUCGCCGAUACCGUCAAAUCGUUGCAUCAGUUACUGCUCAGGUGCAAUGCUCUGACGAUGCGUGUUAAGGUAAUCUCUGAUCUGCUUCUUAUGACUAAUGAAGAACUCGUGAAGUUGGAAGCUCUGGACGGAACUCUAUGGGAGGACCAUGAUCUUAAGACUGGCUACAUUGGUUCGGCAAAACGUCAAAUGAAUCGACAACAACAACAGCAACAACAUCAACAACAACAAAAACAGAGUCACAUCUGGGUUUUUCCGACGGAUUUAGAAGAAAUUUCCAUUUUAAAAACAUUUGCCGCCUCCAAUGACAACGAUGCGCAACAACAAAAGAAAUCUGAAUUUGUUAUAAAUUUGGAGAAAAAAAUUAAAAAAUUUGAUGCUGACAACAGUGACAAUGAUAAUAAAACUAUCGGAAAUGAUUACGAUGAUAAGAAACAGCAGAUGGCAAACAUCACCAAAGAACCAAAACUAAAUGACGACAUAGCAAUUGCUGCCGAUAACAUAGACGUGAUGGUGUUGAAAGAUGAUAUACCCGUGAAAUCGGUCAAAAAAACCAACUCACGGAGUAACACGCCGCUGGCGACGUUGGAAAACUACGACCUCCCAGUGACUAGGUCAAGGUCGAGAUCAAAUAGCAUCACCAAUAAUAAUAGUAAUAAUAAUAACAAUAAUAAUAAUAAUAAUAAUGACGAUGAUGUUGAUAUUGACAUAAAAAAUAACAAAUCUACUGCUAAUAAUGAGGUCAAAAACGGCAAAGACAUGAAAGCGAUUGAGAGGGCGAAAGUUGGCAGCCCCAUCGGUCAGCUGCACCAACGCCACCAACGUUCAACGCCACAACAGCAGCAAAAUUUUUUCAAAAUCAACCAGCUAACUGCUUUGCACGCUUUCAACCCAUUUGUCAACCCAUUCUUCAGCCCUCCACCACAUCUCAUCCCACCUCUGACCUCUGAACUUUCACCCCUACGCCAACAUUCUUUGUUUUUGCAACAGUUGCAACAACAGCAGCAGCAGCAACAGUUGCAGCAACAACAGCAACAACAUCAAACUUACUCCGCCAACGGUAAUAUCAUUUCUCAACAUUUCCUGCCCGAUUUCCUGAUGGCUUCCAACUUAUCGACCACCGUCAAUGAUGGGCACAACUUGUUGAAAACUUAUGAAAAACAGGUGGAAAAUUUUUUCAAAAGUUCCACAGCCACCACAAAUUCUGAAAAUAUUUUUGAAAAUGGAAGCGCCACAAAUGAACGAACUAAGACGAACGUCUCACGACAAAAUUCAGAUUUGCAACCAGCACCGACUGAGAACUUAUCGAAGAAACCACCAUUACCGCCAAAUAAGUUGAAAGUUAAAAAACAAAACUUAGAAACCGCCAUUGACUACAGUACAAAACGACACAAAACUGAUCUCUCCCCAAACAACCACAAAAUCAGCAGCAGUUGCAGCAACGACAACAUCCACCGCCACCACCACAGCAACAAUACCAGAGACAACUUGUUCAACGUUGGAGAACCAGCACAUGAUUACUUCAAUGUCGCCAAUACCUACUACAAAUUUCAACCGUAUAGCAACUUGUUGCAACAACAUCAGCAACAACUUUCAGUAUCAUCACAAGCAACAUCAACAACACAACUUCUUUUAUCUAAAACCGGCAAGCCAAAACAAUCGCAGAAGCAAGGCACCCUCGCCUCUUCAUCACUAUCUCACCAUCACCAACACAAAACAACAACAUCAAAAUCCACUCCACUAAAAUCGAAAACCAAACCAGGGCAACUUAAUUUGGCUUCUGGUUUUGGUCUAGGGACUUCCCCACAGCAUCAGGAGCACAUUCCAGGCUACGGGGGAACCACGCUGACGUCAUCUGGCAAGAAAAGGGUUCUUUGUACCGCUUGUCAAAAAACUUUCUGCGACAAAGGUGCCCUCAAGAUCCACUACAGUGCAGUCCACUUGAAAGAGAUGCACCGCUGCACGAUCCCCGGCUGCCUCAUGACCUUCAGCAGCCGUCGCAGCAGGAACAGACACAGCGCCAACCCGAACCCGAAGCUGCACACCCCUUCGAGCGCUGUUGGACUUGCCGGGCAGAGUUUACUCGGAUCGUCAGGGGGGUCCAGGAUGAAGAAAAAAUGUCUUAUUUAUGGUGCUCGAGAGGAUGAUAACAUCAAUAAUGGUAGCAACAAUGCAGGGGAGAUAGGGGAGGUACCCCGUCUGACUGGCGGAUGUUUCGGGCUUAAUGUUGGCUACUCUGGUGAAAUGAGGAUUUACGAUGUUGCAACAUCGUCAUCGUCGUCUGCUGUCCAUGGUCUGCUGUUAGAAGUUAGGGCAUCUCCAGGGAAAUUUUCGUUUGACCAACAUUUGGCCACCAAAAAUGACAUCAAUAUCAAUAACUACAAUAACAACAAUAAUAACAAAAAUCAUUACCAUGAUGUUGUUACGUCAUCUCGCCCAGCGUCAUCGUCAUCUUCUUCCUCCGUUUCAAUUGGCUACGAGGAAAAUGACGUCAUUAAGUCUGCCGCUAAUACUAACACCUCAGCGAACGGUAAAAAUACUGUUGCUGCUACUACUAUAAAUUGUAGUAUUACUAACAUGACUGAAAAUACUACAUGUAAUGAUCAACAACAUCAACAAUUACAUCAAUUAAGGAAGAGGAAACUUACUGUCCCCACCAAAGUAACAACAGACAACAACAUCAACAUCAGUAACAUCAACAACAACUCAAACAACAAUGACAUUAACUAUAAGGGUAGUAAGGCUGCCGACGACGAAGAUGAAGAAGACGACGAUAGUGAUGACAUCAGCAGCAGCAACAACAACCAAAAUAUUUACGAGAGAAGCGCAAAGAGGAAAUUGUUUGACAUUCAGCCGUCACAUCAAUCGCAACAACAACACACAAACAACAACCAAACAAUUACACCAAAAACUUUAACCACUGUUUCAACAAACAGCAACUUUGAAAACGUCAUCAAUGACGUCAUCACCAGCAAAACAAAUAUCAACAACAACAACAACAUCAACAGCAUUAACAACAACAUCAACAACAUCAACAACGUCAACAAUAGCAACAUCAACGACAAUUUCACAACCAACAACAACACACCAUCUCGCGAGAAAAUAUACGAUGAAGAUGAUGAAGACGAUGACAAUAGUGAUAACCAUGAUGAUGAUGAUGACGAAAAUGAUUAUGACGUAGCAAUGACGUCGCUUAACUGUCACGAAAUUCUGGACAUUACUCUGACUAAACCUCUGCCAAACAACAACUCUCAAAAAUCGACGACACCCACCACAACAAACACAUUCCCGAACGCUGCGGCAACCACAAGCCACACCACCAUCACUACCUCUACCACUACUACCACCAACGACAACAACAACAACAAGACGGACAAUCAUGACGUCAUAUGUCACGUGUGCCACGUCAAAUGUAGGGACAAGCUGGCCCUGAAGGAGCACACCGAACUCAUCCACCCGCGAAAGAUGUUCCCCUGCUACGUAGGCGGCUGCGGAAAAGUUUUUUCCACUCUGAAAUCACGAAAUCGACACAGUCAGAACGCUAACAUGCACAACAAGCAGACGACGAGCAGCACCAAAUGGUGA